AUGUCGCAGGACAUCGAGCUGGUCGCCGACCCCUCGAUCGAUGCCCCCGCCACAAGGUCUUGGAUGACCUUCGAGAAUCCCUCAUCGGCAUCCCCAGCGCUCAUCGCGCUGCUCAAUUACCAAGAAUAUCUCUCGAACCAAGUCUCCGAGCUCACGGAGAUGGUCGCGGACCUCAAGGUCGAGCCUCGCAGCAGGCGAUCUUCCGCAAGCAGCCGAAAGAGCGGGGAUUCAGAUGUCACCAACCUCAUCGAGAAUGGGGCCGCCGAUUUUUUCAUUGAGAAUGAGGACAUCCUCACCAUAUUCGGAGCUUUCGUCGCCGAAACAGGUCAUCCGCUCAACGUCCGCAAAGACAAAAAAACCCUCGAGUACGGGGGCAAGUUCCGUGACGCAGCUGUCGACAAGAUCAAGGCGUCCUGGGACCCUGAUACUCUUGAUGAAGUUAUCGCUCGCCUCCUGUCGCUCGAAGAUCACGAUGUCUUUACACCGGCCUAA